GUAGCAAGGAGCUAACCUGUCCUUUUUUCUCUUAAUCAUAACCACUAACAGAAAUAGAUCGAUCCCUUGAAAGAUUUGUCAGCUUCCUUAUUUUGCACCAUCCAAUCCAACUCUUCUUUCUUCCCCCCCCCCCCUUCUCUAGCUAAGCUUAGUUGGUUUCUUGUUUUUGAACCAUCCAAUCAAGUUUUCUCGAGUAAAUUGGUGUCUUGAGUUUUGAAAGAAAGAAAAUGGCUGCUGCUGUGGUAUCUCAAGAAAAUGUUGUAGCUUCUUUGGUGUCUCGUACAGGGAGGCAUUUGCAGCGGUAUAACAAAGGUCGUCGUCAAGUUGUAGGAUGUAUACCAUACAGAUACACGAAAGGAAAGGGUGAAGAUGGGUUUCAAGUUCUUGUCAUUAGUUCACAGAAAGGAAAGGGGAUGUUGUUUCCUAAGGGAGGUUGGGAAUCGGAUGAAACCAUAAAACAAGGAGCGGUGCGAGAGACAUACGAGGAAGCCGGGGUGAAAGGCGUUCUUGAGCCCCAAUUAGGUGAAUGGACCUUCCAGAGCAGAACUCAUGGCACUGAUUAUGAAGGAUACAUGUUCCCUUUACGAGUUAAGGAGGAAUUAGAUUUCUGGCCAGAGAAAACCAAUCGCCUGAGAAAAUGGAUGAGUGUGACAGAAGCAAGAGAAUGCUGCCAGCAUUGGUGGAUGAAGGAAGCCUUAGAUGUACUAGUUGACCGUCUCGCAGGUCAGCAACAACUCGAUGAGGAUGAAGUAGGAUCUUGUUCUUUAAGCUUCCAGGCAAAAUCUAACUUGUAAAUAAGAGUAAUUGUUGAGGAAUACAGUGAGGGCCAUAGCAGGAAUUGAAACAAGCAAGGAAAGAGUGACGAGAAGCAAGAAUUAGGCAGUUUUGUGUUUAUUUUGGUGUCCCUUUCUUGAAGUUUCGAUUCUGAUCAAUCUCUUGUUAGGUAAAUGUUAGUGGGAACAUCAGAAAAGUUCAUCAAGAAGACACAACAUGGUUUCUAAUUGAGGAGGAAUCAAUGAAAAUUAUGUUUUGGAAAGAAAAAAAAGAGAA